ACAGUGCCAAAGAGGAUAUAUAAACAGCCACAGUAUAAAUAUAUUCAUAAUCAAUCUGUAAUGUCAUUGUCAAAUGUGAACGUGAAUGACGUGAAGUGAAACGGCGCAUUGCGCAAACGACAAAAACAAACAAACACAAACAAUCGCUCGCGGUUCGAUAUCGCAAUUAUGACAUAUGUUUAAUAAAAAACAAAAUACAAAUACUAAACAGCCUAUUUAGAUCAUUUAUUUAGCUAAAUUCUUGUGUAACUUAAUAAUACCAUCUAAAUUGGGGCUUGAAAAUUUCUAUUGCGUAUUUGCACGAUAUCGUCAUUAAAUAAUGGAUGGUUCUACUCUUGAGCGAAGUGAUUCAGAUUCUGGAGAUAGCUGGACGUUACUGGAGCACAGUCCUACGCAUGGGGAUGACGCUCCAGAUUUUGCGGAACAUCCUUUAGAGAGAACAGAUAACCAUGAAAAAGAUGAAGACACAGAUGGUAUAUCCAUCAUUAGUGAAAGCGAACCUGAUUCACCUUCGCCAACCCAACUGUAUGAACAGUUCUUACCUGAUGAUAACUGUCCAUCAUCAUCUGAACAUGAAAUCACACAAUGUACUUCAGCCAAUGAUCCUCUGAUCAAUAUUGAUGAUCACGAUGAAUCUGUAAAAGAAGAGGAUGACUUUCUCAGUGUAGAUAAUAUGAAACACAGGACCUAUGUGCAUAGGCGAAAUAAAAGAUUGAGUACAGUGCUCAAUAUUAUUGUUUUGGGAAGUGUUAUCACAGCGGCUGGUGUCGCCAUUGGGCACAUGUGGGGUGCUAAAAUGGAUUGCUCUCACACUACACCAAAUGUUAACAAAAUCUUAUCUAAUCUUUACAAACUACAGGAGGAGAAUGCAUACUUACGAAGUAAGUUGAAAGAGUUAACUGCAUUGAACAGUUAUCAAAUUAAUCUUCAAAAGAAUUCUAAACAAAACAGAUGUAGAAAAAUGUUUGAAGAGUCAUUAAACAAUGAUAACAUUGAUAGACUCACAAAAUGCCUUGAUGAUAAAUUUGAUAAUUCAGAAAAUAUAUUAAAAAAUAAUCUGAUUGAGCAUAAUUAUGAAAAAGAAUUUGUAUCAGACCUUGAUAAAUUGAAGACUGUAUAUCUUCAAAAUAAAAGUUGGUUAGAUGAUGAAAUUAACCAACGCCUUAAACAAGAAAAAGAGUCAUUGAAGAAGUUAAAGAACAACAAUGUUUCGAAACUACACAAAAUUAAUGAGCAAGAAGCAAUGGAACACACUGCUGAUGAUUUGAUAAUUCAAGAUAAGUCUGCAAUAUAUGAUGCUACUACUCGAAAAAUAAGUUAUGCAGAUUCCCUAAAAUCUACUGAGAAGAUAAGAGACAAUAUCAUUGAUGAUAACAUAGAAAUUAACAAAACAUUUAAAGUUGAAAAUAAAGAAGUCAAUAACAACAAAAAUGCCAAAGUUGAUUUUGUACCUACAGUUGAAAGUGAUGAUGGAUUAAAAAAAGACAGCAGAUACAAAAGCCUAAAAUACAAACCAGAUAAAAAGAAACACGACCGACAGAAAUCACAUAAAAAACAAAAGAGGAAGAACAAAUAUGAACAGUGGGAAAUGAAAGGUGGUUUUAUGAAGGAUUACGAUGAAAUUUCAUUUGAAUCGUCACAGGAUGCCGAAAGCGUGUACAAAAAUGAGAAUUUCAAAUACGACAUUGAUGAGAACAUUACUGAUCUAAAAGAUAACACUAAAUUUGAUAAAUAUUCCGACACAUUAGAUAUGAAAGGCGUAAAUUACAAGGCGAAAUUUGAAAAAGGCUUAAAAAAAGGCAAGAAUAAUGAGGUCGACGAUAACAGCUGGUUAGAAAAGCGGGCAAACCUUCGAGCUGAAGCUAGGAAGGUUCUAGAGCACGAGUUGUUUGGCGAAAGCCCCAAUACUGCAGGAUGGUAUUUCCGCCGUAUGCGCAAACGAGAGCAGUGUCGCGCUAAAGGCGAUAACAGCACUAAUCGGAAAUUCUUGAAGCGCAAUAUGAAUUUUAAAACAAAACAUUAAUAUGUUGACAUUUAAUUUUGAAUCAUAUAGAUAUAUUACACACAAACAGACAUAAUAGCCGCAAAAUAGCUCGGUAAAGCGGUGGUGGUUAGGUCCCCGCUCCGUUGGACUGUCGUUCUACCCACUCUUAUUAGUCUUUGCCAAGUAUUUGGAGGGGAAUAGGAAUACUGAUCAUAUUUAAAAAAUAUGGCAAAUAUUCAUAAAAAAAACCAAUAUUUAUAAUAACAACAUAGUUGUUCAAAUUAUCAUAUUACACUCAUAUUAUUUCAUCUUCAUACUUAUUUUAGCAACAUGAUUGUUACUAAUAAGCUAGCGAUAUUGAUAUCUUUGUAAUUUCAUCUACUUUACUUAGGUAUUUACAACUUUUACUUUAUUUACUUUCAAUUUAUCUUUUAUUUCACUUGACAUAGUCUUUAUUUUUUCAUUUAAUCAACUAUUUUAUAGUAAUAAAUAUUAUGAAUAGAAAGUGUUGAAGGUUGAGAUUGAAACAAUUUAUAAUGUUAGCAUACUUUAAUUAACACCUUGAUAUAGUAUUCACUAUUUAUUUUUACACUUGCUCUUAAGGAUUCUAAUGCAUCCAGUGAUAUUUUAGGUAAUAAGUAUACAAAAUUGUAAGUAUAAAUAAAUAAAUGGAAAACAAUAA